AUUUCUUGUAGGAACAAUACAUUUAAAUUAUGGUAAACCGUGUCAAAUCAAAAGUGUUUAUUUACAUUUGAAAGGAAUUGAAAAAACUUCAUGGCAAAGAUCACAAGCUAGGUCAAAAACCAUUUAUUCAGGUGAAAAUACUUUGGUCGAUCAAACUAAUAAAGUUUGGGAAGCUUUUGAUGAUUCUGAAGAAGUUACUAUGCUUGAUAUACCUUUUAAAGUUCAAUUACCUUAUAAUCUUCCUGAUACUAUUUCAACAGAAUUUGGAUCAGUUCAAUAUGUAUUAAGAGCUACCGUUAACGCGAAAGCAUUAAUUGGAUCAUCACAACAAUCAGUAAAAUUAUAUUGUCCAUUAAAAAGGACCAUAACAUUAGAUAUUCAACAUUUACCACCAUUUAAAUUAUGUGGUACAACACCUAGUGGUAUUGAUUAUACCUUUUUAUUACCACCAAAUAAAUGUUUUAAUGUUGGUAGUUAUGUAUCAAUUCCAAUGAAAUUAAGAUUUUUACAUCCUAAUGUUGGAGUUGAAAGAGUUGAAGUAUGUUUAAGAACUUCAAUGGAUUAUCAAUCCACUACACAAGGAGAAUCAAAACAUGUGGA